GGAAUUAUUACGUUUAUAAUCCCAAAAGUAAUAAUUACGCUUUUGUUACUUUUUUGACUCAAGAAUACCUAAUUUAUAUUCUGUAUCUCUGAAGAAAAAUUUGGUUUGAAGUAGUAGGUUUUAUACCUCUUAUAAUCGAUGUAGAACCUUGACGUUCCUGUCAACUAACAUCAUAGUGCUCAACCAGUAUACACUGGUUGGUUAUUUUUUAGUAUUUUUUUUUUUUUUUUGUGCAGGACAUGAAAUAAAAUUUAAAUUAUUUUUAAAAUGUUUGUUAGUUCGGCUGUUAGAUUGUUGACGUCAUCUUCAUUUAUUCCAGUGAAAAGUGUUUGUGAAUUAGAUUUAUUGAGGACCAAUGUUGUCAGGACCUUUCAUUUGAGCUCCUACCAAUUUGGUAUUUAUGACAUAGACAAGAAAAAUGUAGAAAAACUUGCUGAUGAAUCUGGAAAGUCUCCUCCUUUAGAUAAAGAUAAAGCUAGGGCUUUAAUACUGAAAUUAAAUGAAGAAGAGAGGGACUUGAUUUCAUCUGCUUUGAAGGAAUAUGAAGCAAAUAAAAGAAAAGAAGAAUACGCAGAACAGCUAGCAGCAUUAAAAUGGAGGUCGAAGUUUGGUCGCCCCACGAAGGUACCUACGUUAGGAGAUGUGGAUCCAACAGGUUCAUAUUGUCCUGUCCCUGAAGAUUGGCUAAUGAAGAAAUAUGCUGAAACAGUACCGAAACCAACAACACGUCAACUCGGCCGAGUAUUUGUUCACAAUGCCAUCCCAUUUGUUGGAUUUGGUUUUCUUGAUAAUUCAAUUAUGAUUUUAUGCGGUGACUACAUAGAGAUGAAGGUGGGGACGAUGAUAACAAUAUCUACGAUGGCAGCUGCAGCUCUUGGUAACUGCUUCUCAGACGUCUUGGGGCUUGGGUCAGCGUAUUACGUGGAGCGCCUUGCACUCGCCUUAGGAUUUAAGGCUCCGAAUCUUACUCCUAUCCAACUGAAUAUGAACAGUACAAGGAGAGCCGCAAACCUUGGGAGAGCUGUUGGCGUAACAAUUGGAUGUAUCCUAGGAAUGGCACCGCUCCUUAUUCUCUGAAUUUAUUGCCUUGUCCAACUUUUCGUUUUUUUAACAAAACUGUGUUAAUUUAUUACCAUUACUAUUUCUCCUGUUUGAAACCAAAAUAACUUUCUUCUUCUUCUUUACCAAAAACUAAAAAUCUAAUCUAGUCAUAAGAUAAAUAAUUGCUAAGCAGUAGGAGGCAGGGUGUAGGAGACUUCCAAGAUGGUAGAUGAUAAAAAUACGCUUCUAAUGACCAAUACUUUUAGAUAUGUGUUCAAUAAUACAUAUAACUGAAAUGUUUGCUUUAGCUAUUCUUUACUAACAUUAUAGCCAUAAUGUUUUGAUUUUGUUUUUAAUUUUUCUUUUAAAUUUUUAAUUCGGGAAAGUUUUAUUAUGUAAAUUUUUAUAAAAAUGUUUGAUGAUUGUUUCAUAAUAACUCACUUUUAUAUUUCAAACGUUUUGACUGUUAUUGUUUUGUAAAAUAUAUGUUAUAUCUGUUAAAUUACGUCACUUGAGAUAUUAAUCAUGUAAUUCUAUUAAUGAAUUGACAUUGAACCUUUAUAUUAAUUUGUCUUGUUACUUAACUCUUUAUGUAUCUUGUUACAUUUGACUUGCUAAACUAUUUAUAAAAGUUGACCAAUUUGUCCAGCCAAAGGAAAUUACAUGUAUUAUAUGUAUAUAUUACAUAUGUAUUUAUAUUGGUUCCUUGUUCCAUCAUGGUAGUAAUUAAUGAGAUUUGUUUAAAUUUUACUAUUAACUUUUUAUUUAUUUUUUGUUUCUGUCACUAAGAAAAUAUUUUAUUUUUCUUGCUAAGAAUGAUUGUUAUAUUUUUUAGAAUAUUUAAUAAUUAAACUUCAUGAGAAUGUUUAAUUGAUAAUUGUUUUGUUUUAAUUUGCUAUAAAUGUUUCUAUAUUUAUUAUGUGUUUAUAUGUAUGUUAUUUCUAUUAUUACAAUCAUAAAUUCUUCUAUUGAAAUAAUUAAACUCAUUGAAUUAAAGGGAAAAAUCUUGUAGAAAUAUUCAAGUCUAUCAUUAACGUUUUAUUAAAAAAUUUAGCUGUUGUAGAAAUACUAUGAUACAACAAUUUUCUGUUCAAGUACUGUUUUAUUCCUGGGGCCAUGGCAUAUAUGAAACAAGAGGCUUUUAUAGGUCCUUGACUGUUUUACAUUUUAAGACCUAACAUGUCACAAGUUUGUCAAUAUAAAUGUAACGAUUAAUAAAGAAAUUCUCCACGAUCGUUUUUGUGCGAUCGCCAUUUUAUUGGAGUAAGAUUAGCAGUUUGUCAUAAUUGUUUCACAGUUCUUCCCUUCUAAAAUAAAAGAAGUGAAAAUGUGAAUUUUGGACAAUUUUUUAUGAUUUGAUGAACUACAAGUCAAAGUUUAUAAAUUAUUAAUCACUUUCAGAAGACUCAACUUCUGUAUGAUUGACCUAUGUCAGACAAAAUAUUCUUUUCGGGAAUAUUGGAUCGUUUUUGUCUGAUACACGAUACUUAAAUUGUACUUCUUAUUAAAUACACUAAAGAAUAUUUUAAUCGAUUAUUUCCAAAGUGAACCCUAGUCAUUAUUAAUAAAUUUUCAGGAAAAAAAAUUAUAUUUUGCUAUUCUAAUUGUAAUAUCAUAAGUAAUAUUUAAAAAAAAAAAUGAAUUUAGAUAUUGUUUAUUUUAGCAUAUAUUUCAGAAAAUUAUUGAAACUUCAAUAUGACCGUUUUUUGGAAUAAUAAAAAAGGUUGAUUGGGAUUCAGUACGGAGUAAAAAAUGGUAUACAAUAAAGAGGGAGGGAUGAGAAAUGUGUUAAAAUUACAUACUUAUUAUUUACAAUAACAGUACGUUAAAAUAAAUUUAUUUUUAAUUUUUAUUUAAAUAAUGUUAAAAAGAUUUAGAUAAAUUCUUAUUUUCAUACUACUUUUUUAAAAAUAAUUAUAUUUGUUUUUAUUAAAAUAAGAAAUAAUUGCUACGUUAGAUUCAUUGAAUGUGAUACAUUGGAAUUGAUACUUUUCACGAUUUGUGAAAAAUUACUUAGGUUCACUUUGGUAAUGAGUGAGCUAUACGUCUGACAUGUUGUGUUGUACCUACAUACUGUAAGCAAACGGCCGAGGCAAAAAUAAAAUCUUGAUUAAUCACUUUGCUAGGCAACAACAUUACUAUACAGUUUUAAAUGAAUCUUAAAACUGCUGAAAUAUUUUUUUUAAUAAUUUGUUCACCAUGGCCCCAGAAAUCAUUUAUUUUUUUAUUGAAUCGAUACUUAAAUGGAUAUAGGUUAAAAUUUAGAUUGGGAUGGAACCAUUGAUAUUUUUAUAUGACUGAAACAUAUCUGUUUCUAUCUACUUAUUAGUUAGCUUAUGGAUAUUAUGGACUCAUUAACUAACAUAAACAAAUUUGUCUAUUUUUCUCCCUUCUAAUUAUUCCACUGUUAAGUGCACGUAAUUACUUGUUGAAAAAUUCUUCAUGGUGCUACUAAACUUAUUGUUUCUACUAUUGUUAAUCAUUCUCUAAAUGAUUAAUCACAAUUUGCUACCUCAAGGUUGUUAAGAUAACCGUGCCAUAUUUUUAUGAAACUUUAAAUUUGAACUACUAUUGUAAUUUUAUUAUUAUACCUUUAUAUCUGGUAAUUGCAGAUUUUACUUAAAUGUUUUGUGCUAAAUGAACUAUAAAUAUGUAUUAAUGAUGUAUUUCUGUAGUUUUUAUUUGCCAAAGAUUUUUAAACCUAUUUCUGGCUAAUUUACCCUACCUCACAACACAAAAUUUAACUGUUUCUUUUAGUUAAAAUGGCAUGUACUAGAUACUUUAAAAUAAAUAAAUUGUAACAAAAAUUAUGAAAAUAUUAUCUUGAUAAGGAUAGAAGAGAGAGCUGCUGGAAUAUAUAUUAUAUAAUAAAUGUAAUGGUAUAAAAGAGAGAAAUACAAUACAAUUGUAAUGCUGUACAAUUGUGUUGAGUAGCUAAUUGACUCAGCAUACACAUCAGUCUUAUUGAUAAUGAAAACAAAACAAAAGGAUUAAGUUUUUGGGUUUAUCAUCCUAAAUACCACAAGUUUUUUUCUCCCUUUUCUUUCUGUCUCAAAAAUACACAAAGCAAUGCUGAGAGUUAAUAUAUGGGGUGAUGCAUGAUUCCUAGCGACUCCAAAAUAAUAGAUUGACCAUACUCUGUGUCUGAUUCUUUUCUACUCCCAGCUUUUCCAAAAAAAUACAAGUUGAAUAGUUCCCCUACUUUCGAACCGAAAACUCACCAAAUUCCUCUCUAUAUUUUUCCUGUAGGUAUGGAAUGAAUUUUUUUUUUCCUUCUUUUUUUUAUUUUGCGGUCUUUGAUCCAUAUUAUUUGUUUUGAAUCUUGUUGUCGGUUCUAACAUCAGAGUCUCCUUUUCUUUUCCACUAGCAUAGGAAUCCUUGCGUCUAAUAUAUCCACGAAUCUAGCUGAACCGGUAUCAAGACAAUAAACAUCUCUACUUUUUAUUCUUCAGAAAUUCAGCCAUUGCGAUGCUUUGACUGUGGGCGGGAUACAUACCGUCCUGUUAAAGAGUUGGGUUACUGGUGCGGCCAGGAUAUAUGCUUUCCAAUCGGAGCGGUUGCCACUUAAUUAUGUAGGAGCAAGUCUCACCUUCACCAUUUGACUUGUGGGUUGGUCGGUGCAUUCAUUAGUCCGCACUACUGGACGCUACAGACCGAUGUGGUCCUUGGCCACCGCUCGCCUUACCUAAUCCUCAUGUCGCUUUACUUAGUUGGGUAAAAACACAAAGAACAAGAAAGAAUGUUUUUUCUUUUUUGAAAUACAUUUAUUACACUUAGAACAUGUUAAUACCAAUAUUUUUAUUUUUCCCCCUGAAAAUAAAUGAUAAAACAAUAGAAUAAAAUCUAAGAUUAAAAACAAAAUUAAAGAUACAUAAUUCAAUAAGUAAAUUAUUGUUUGUCUUUUAAAUUUUUUUUUUUUUAAAUAUAUAAAUAUAGUUUUAUUAAUAUACAACAUAACUUCAUCUUAAUUAAAUACUUGGAAGAACUUAACCCUUAAGUAACAAUUCUAAUAUGUUAAUAAUUAUACAUAUUAGACUGCACAUAUUUUAUACUAAAAAAAUAUGUAUAAAAAUAUAUUCUCUAACCGUACAUAAGUAGAAACACUGGUAAGAGAUGCAAUUUUUUUUUUUUAUAACUCCACAACUAGCCUUAUUUGAUUCACUUAAUAACAGCCAAUGAAAGCACAUUUCUUUUUAUCAUAAAUUUUUUUUCCCUCUAAGUUUCUAUUGUUAACGAAUUGAUAUCACAUCAGAACAAUGUUUUAAAAAACACAAGAUCAAAUAAGCAUGAAACAUAUCAGAGCCAAUAAAGUCACGAAUCAGGAUCACAUUUAAAAAAUAAAUUAUAUCAACAACCAUAUUAUCACUUUAUCAUUAAGUUUUUCAAUUACAAUAAAUAAAUAAUUUUCAGCCAUAAUUUUACGAUACUGAGCCCAUUUUUGAUUAAUGUCAGGAUGUUCUAUAUUCAUUUGCCAGUCUAUUUUAAAUUCAUUAUUUAGGAAUCAAAUAAAUUAAUUUUCAUUUAAAAAAUCUUUGUUAAAAAGAAAAUAUAAAUAUUUAAAGUUGACUAAAUAAAAUAUAAUCAACAUUGCAUUUUUUAAGUAAAUAAUUUCCUGACAAUGUAAAAAAUGGGCUUGCGUUAUUCUAGGCAACAUCGAUGUCUAACAUUGUUAUCUAGAUCAUUUUAUUUUAUUAAUAAUAUUAAAAAAAUAUGCAGCAAAAUAUUCAGCAACGGCUACUUGUUGAUGAGGUACAUAGCCGGCUGUUUCCAAUGGUGCUGGAAACCGAGCAGGUAGUACGGAGUCGAGACGAAAAUGUUGUAAUCAGAAGAAUUUUUCUCGUUCAUUAAGGGUUCAUCAGUACUUGCCAAUGGCGGAAUAUAAGGUAAGGUCAGUUCUUGAAGCCAUCGAAAAUCAGAGCAAUGUUCAAAGGUACC